AUGGUCAAGUGGUUGCCCGUCGAUCCAGCUUUGGAAACAGAGGAACAAACCCACUUCACCUGGCGUUUACCGAACUGGACGGAAUUGGAGAAGACAGAACUAAGUCCGAAGUUUGAAUGCGGUGGCUCAAAGUGGAGGAUCCUACUCUACCCCCAUGGAAAUAGCCACAACCAGCAUCUAUCUGUAUACCUCAAGCACGGCUACGAUGAGGGAGAAAUGCCAGGGCAUUGGAGUGCCUGUGUCCAGUUUACUUUGGUCCUAUGGAAUACCGAGAGCCCAUCAUCUUACAUUUCCAAAAAUGCCAAAUUCCGUUUCUCCACAGAUGGUCCGGAUUGGGGCUUCACAAAAUUUUGCGAACUUAGAAAGCUGUUAGGAUAUCUCGGGGAUAAGCCAUCCCUUCUGGGUAACGAGGAGGCGAAUAUAACCGCUUACGUGCGCACUAUCAGAGACCAUACCGGAGUCCUAUGGCAUACUUUUCUUGACUACGACUCGAAGAAAGCCACUGGUCUAAUUGGCCUAAAAAACCUUGGCUCAACUGGCUAUCUGAAUGUUAUAUUGCAGAUUUUCUAUUUUACGAACUUAUUCCGUAAGGUCACUAAGAUCAAGAAGACUGUUUAUCAGCUACCACUUGAUAAUGAUUCAUCCAAAAACACGUUUCUGUGGGCACUACAACGCCUUUUCUACUCACUGCAAACCGACGAUAGUCCUGUCUCAGCUCUAGAGCUUACCAGAGGACUUGGAUGGGGACCCCAGCAUCUCUUUAUGCAACAGGAUGUCCAAGAGAUGGCUAGGGUGUUCAUGGAGCGAUUUACGGUGGAAUCCAAACUUUCCGAUAUUUUCCUCGGCAGAGUGAAGAGUUACGUCUCCGUCGAUGGUGUCCAAAAGCUGAGGAUAGAAGAGUUCUUAGAUAUCAGUCUCAAUGUCCAGAAUAUUCCUUCUCUUGCAGAGAGCUUUCAAGACUACACCAGGGAGAAUACCGAUGAGGAACGGACCGAACAUGGCAUCAGGAAAACCACAACUGGCGUUAUCUUUGGAAGCUUCCCUACUGUUCUUCAUCUCCACUUGAAGCGAUAUGCAUAUGACAUGACUCAGCGCCAACUACUGAAAGUGAACGACACUUUCAGUUAUCCUGAGGAAUUUGAUGCCUCUCCUUAUCUCUCAGUCGAUUCGGACAAGUCUGAGCCAUGGAUAUACCGACUCACCGGUGUUGUUGUGCACAGUGGAGGUGUCCAUGGCGGUAGGUACUGGGUAUACUUGCGUCCUUCGCCAAACGGGUCCUUUUAUAAAUUUGAUGACGACAGGGUCACUCGUGCCAUGCUCAGGAACGUCAUAGAAGAAAAUUAUGGAGCAGAGGGGAAGGCGACGAACGCAUAUAUGUUACUUUAUGUACGGAAGUCGAGGAUAGAUGAUAUCCUUGUUGACGUUAAAGAGGCCGAUAUCCCCACAUAUAUCAAAACUGGAUUGGCGCAAGACCGGGAAACGGCUGAACGACAAAAGAAGGAAAGGGAAGAGGAUCCUCUCUACAUGGGAAUUAGCCUUAUUACAGCCUCCUCGUUCCGCCACCAUGAUGGAUUCGACUUGGCAAACAACGAUCUAGAUCAGGAUGAUAAGGCAGCCUCAACAUUCAUUCGCGUCCUCAAAGAAACAACGGUUGGCGAUUUCACUCAACAAGUUGCCCAAAAGUUAAGUCUGGACCAUUGUCAUAUUGCCUUGUGGGUUUGUAUAAAUCGACAAAAUGGAACACGCAGACCGCAUGUGCCUUUGCUUCAGCCUGAAGUUACAAUCGAAAAGGCAUUUUUAAAUGUUGCUGCCAGAGGAAAAAUCCACCAACUCUGGGUUGAAGUUGGGCCGACAGUGGCAGGAGUCCGAGUGCCCCCACCCAAAGUGACCACUGAGGGGACAACAAUCAUGAUAUUUCUCAAGUAUUUCGAUGUGGUUAACCAAACACUGCGUGGCGUUAAUACUCUCUACGUUCAACGGGGGAGUGCAGUUGGUCCUGCCGUCCUCACAGCAAUGGGAUGGCCAAGUGACGUCAAAUUUUCAGUGCGCGAGGAAGUGAAGCCCUCAAUGAUCCUCAGCGUCGAUGUUAAUACAACAUUUGAGCGCGCUGAGUUGGGAAACGGAGAUAUUCUGUGUGUUCAACGGAGGGUGAAACGGAACGAAUUGCCUCCUAACUUGCGGGCUAGAGACGUAACGCAGUAUUUUGACAAUCUGAGAAAUUCUGACGCAACGACCGGUCUCCGACAUCUUCGUCUUUAUCACAAUGGCAGCUCCAUAGAGAACCCCAGUGACAUUGACUGCAGUUCGGAAACGGUCCAUAAACCAGUCAAUGACAGUGAUCACUUCAUAUGUUGCAGUAACUUCGACGUUGAUACUGUUGGUGAUCAUGAUAAUGAGGACCAGGGAGCCGCUUGGGAUUGGUGUGGCUCAAACCAAGGCGGGAGUCGAAGUCAGGAAGACCACCUAUACUGCCCGGCCCCAAAUGGUCUGGGCUUGCGUCGCGGAAACGAUGUGACGGUGACUGAAAGGUAG